UGGGACGAGGUCCUCUCCCUGCCCAUGAGUGUUUUUCCUCGGACUAUUCCCAUCACCUUUUGUGAGUCUGAUCUUAAGGGGUUAAGUGCUAAGGGAGAGAAACCAUCUUUCUCCAAAGGAGUUCAAGUAACUCUUUGAUCCUGUCCGGUUCUAUCUAAUGAAUCAAGUUAUGUAUUUCCGCAGUAUGUAUUUGAUAGUGAAAAUUCAUGAUGUUCUAGAUCCUGUGAUUUUAGUUUACAUGUGGUAUCAGAGCACUGGUUAAGAAUGUCAUGAUUUUCCACUCAAUAGUAAAAUAAUGUACAAUUCAUCGACUCCAAAACUCGAUUUUGGCUUUACGUUGAUAUAUUGCCUUUUCAAUUGCUACUGUUGGUUUUGUAUUGUGUUACUUUUUUGGUUGUUGUUGAUCCGUAUCGUAUUGCGUUACUUAAUUGCAUAUUGUUUGUACAUUCCAUUUGAAGUUUCUGAAGUUGAAGUUUUUUGCUGUAGUCUGUUGAAGUUAGGUAACUUAAGUUUGUACUUAUUUGCGCACUGUCUUUACUCUAACAACCUUAAAGAAACUGCAGCCAUUACAGCCACUUUGACUGAUGAAAAAGAGACAGGAGCCUCUUCUGCUGGGGAUGGGAGAGUUUUACGCAAAAAAUUGAAUAAAGUGGUCCUAGCGUAUAGUGGUGGCUUAGAUACCUCAGUCGUUGUGCCAUGGCUAAGGGAGAAUUACGGCUGUGAGGUUGUGUGCUUUACUGCAGAUGUUGGUCAAGGUACGAUUGAAUUAGAAGGUUUAGAAGAGAAGGCCAAGGCAAGUGGGGCUUCUCAAUUAGUCGUCAAGGAUUUGAAGGAGGAAUUUGUGAGAGACUACAUAUUUCCUUGCUUGCGAGCUGGCGCAGUCUAUGAAAGGAAGUAUUUGCUGGGGACCUCAAUGGCCCGCCCUGUUAUUGCAAAGGCCAUGGUUGAUGUUGCUAGAGAAGUUGGAGCUGAUGCUGUUUCUCAUGGAUGCACCGGGAAGGGAAAUGAUCAAGUCCGCUUUGAGCUAACCUUUUUUGCUCUAAAUCCUGAUCUCAAUGUUGUGGCUCCCUGGAGGGAAUGGGAAAUCAGAGGGAGAGAAGAUGCUAUUGAGUAUGCUAAGAAACACAAUGUGCCAGUCCCAGUGACAAAAAAAUCCAUCUACAGCAGAGACAGGAACUUAUGGCACCUUAGUCACGAGGGAGACAUUCUGGAAGACCCAUCAAAUGAGCCGAGCAAGGAUAUGUACAUGAUGAGUGUCGACCCAGAAGAUGCGCCCGACCAACCCGAAUACGUAGAAAUCGGGAUAGAUUCAGGACUUCCCAUUUCCCUCAACGGAACGGAGCUCUCCCCUGCAUCUCUCCUCUCAGAGCUUAACGAAAUUGGCGGGAGGCACGGAAUUGGACGCGUCGACAUGGUCGAAAAUCGCCUUGUUGGGAUGAAAAGCCGCGGGGUCUAUGAAACUCCGGGCGGGACCAUCCUCUUCACCGCAGCACGCGAACUGGAGUCUCUGACACUCGACCGUCAAACCAUACAAGUAAAAGACUCUCUUGCCCUUACAUACGCCGAGCUGGUCUAUGCAGGAAGGUGGUUUGACCCUCUUCGUACCUCAAUGGACGCUUUCAUGGAGAAGAUAACGGAAACCACCACUGGAUCAGUGACUCUCAAAUUGUACAAAGGUUGUGUCACUGUGACUGGACGUACAAGCCCUAAUAGUCUAUACAGGCAAGAUAUCUCGUCGUUUGAGAGUGGGCAAAUUUAUGAUCAGGCCGAUGCUGCUGGAUUCAUCCGGCUCUAUGGACUUCCAAUGAGGGUUCGAGCAAUGCUUGAGAAGAGCGCAAUGCUUGAUAAUCAAGAUUGAUGAUUUGCCGUUUUAAUUAAUUUAAUAACACCUAAUGGUUCAUUUUCUUAUUUUCGAUCUAGACUUAUAUUAUCGUAUUAGUAGAAGGAUGUUCCUUAUGCGUAGUUUUCUCUUUUCGCUGCGUAGUUAAAUCGAAACGUAAGGUUUUGUUUGUUUUACUAGUACUGCAUUAUUGCAGCAUUUAAAUAUAUAUCGUCCAUUUUUCCUUUUA